AUGGUUUACACCCUUUUUCUCAUGUUUGCAUGCCCGUGCCAGUUUCAGGUCAUCUCUAUCCAGACGUGCACAACUUUACCAUGAGGCUGGCGAUACUGGGGGCUUCUGGCCGCAAUGGCACGGAGCUGACAAAGCAGGCAAUGGAACAGUGCCAUGACGUCACCGCUCUAGUCAGGAGUGAAGAGAAGAUGAGGGAAAAGGUCCCGGAUGAGAGGCUGAAGGUAGAAAUUGUCAACGUGACGUCAGUAGAAUCUCUCACACGUCACUUCAAAGGAAAGGACGCCGUGGUGUCUGCUCUAGGACAUGUUGGAGAACUUAAAGACACCGUGGCCAUCUUCAGCGAAUCCAUUAAGGCCAUCGUACCUGCUAUGAGGAACGCCGGCGUCUGUCGUCUACUUACCUUGUCCGCAUGGUACACUUUCGAUGACCCCAAAGAGCCGGCGCCUCCGAUCGUCCUUCAGCUUCUGGGAAAUGUGCUGAAGGACCUCGCCCACAUGGAGUCGUACCUCAUGGCGGAGUGUGGCGACCUGGAGUGGACCUCGGCCAGGUUCCCUUCGCUGACGGCAGGACCUGCCACAGAGUUACCAUUUGCUGAAAAUGCAGAUGCGGUGCAAGUCUACGGCAGUCAACGCUGCCGCGUGGCGCGAGGAGAUGUCGCAAGGUUCGUGCUGGCUACGCUGUCGUCCGGCAAGUACAAAGGCAAAGCUGUUGCCGUUGCCACUCUCCAGAACUAAACGUGAACAACAGCCGAGAUGACAUCGACACAACCGACAACAACAACAACAACAAUAUCAGCAGUGACCCUUCAAUUGUUAUAAUAUCACACUUCAAAUUUCAAUAGGAAAACGUAAACUUCGUGUUUCUGUGAUUAUUCUUAACCACUUCAUGUUUCUGUGGUUAUUAUCAACCACGUCGUUUAAAGAAGUCAUCAUGACAUAACCCAACUAUCCGAUACUCACGGACCAUCAGAAAGCCCACAAAUCGUAGAAAAAAUGGGGCUUUUCCUCUUCCUCUGCCUCCAAACGUAAAGCCCAACUUGUUUACAUAUUGCUAACAGCAGUAGUCUAUCCUUACCAUAAUGUCAAGCACAUGUAUGUUUCUUCUAUGUUUUUUACAUGCACUUGCCAUUAGCCUACUGGCACGAACUUACCAAUGAACUUUCAUUAUGCGGAGGGUUUAGUCCACUCAGAGUUUCUGCCCUAUGUUGAAACGUCUCCAUUAUGUCUGCGUUAGACGUACUUUGAUAUCAUUUACCACACGUUAACGAAAAGGGUUUGCGCUAUCAUGAUGGUAUGAUGGCAUAGACAAAUAGUUUAUUUUUUCCAGCUUUAAGAGUGCCUAACACACACCUGUUGUAGACAAUAUUUUGCAUACUACAGUGUAUUUCUGACAUGGGCUAUCCAUAUGGACCUCAGUCAACAAAGCAGAGUAUAAUAGAGCUACAUUAUGUAUCUUACUUGAAAACAAAAAUAAAAACAACAACAGUAAAUACAAAUACAGGCAGAAAUCGUACCUUUUUAAGCAUUGUAUGUUUAAGCAUUGGGCCAAUAUGGAACUUCUGUGUAAGACUAAGAGGGUAUUGUAUGUGGUAAAUCAUGAACAUAAACAGGCAAAACUCAGGGAACAAUGACUUUAAUAAAUACAGUUAUGUCAACAAUGCCAAGUGUUAUCUAUCAGUAUGUUAUGGCCUUUAAUUUAUGCAGACAUCUACAGCAAAAUAUUUCUUUUAUGAAAACAAAAUUUGCGUGCAAAUGCAGAACAUUUUUUCCAACCUAUUUUCCAAAUGUAUUGGCCUUUUAUGUAAAUGAAAGACGGAUUCUUACAUAAAGCAGAUGCAUAUUUACAGUAUAUCAAACAUACAAACAAACACACACACACACA